UUGUCAGUCGUUGUAAUCGAGCAAUACAUUUACGCGAAGCACAACUAUAUACCUUGUUUUUAAAUUAGUAUUUUUUUAUUUAGAAACAUUCGACUGUUAUUUAAUCCCCCGAAUAUUUGAAAGCAAUCUCGCACAUGUCGAAUCGCGACGCACGCAAUAUCGUACAAGAGCAAUUGCACGCGCACAGAGACAGUUGGUGGUUGAAGUUUAAUACGAAGCUGUGCGUAGUGAACGCCUAGCACGAGCAAUUAAAAGACCAUAUUUAUUUACCUGUCGUUUUACUACGCACACGUACACACACGGUGGUUAUAUCAAGCAUCCCUCAAGGACCAUCUCCACAGACCGUUCCCUAAAGAGCCUGCACGACGCAGUGGAAGAAUGGCCCUCACGUUUGUUCUUUCGUUUCUCCUCGGGUCUUUCUCCCUCACCAUAGCCUCACGUAAUACGACCACAGGUUGUGCUAUCAUUCGUCCGCCAAGAGAUGGAGGGAUCAGAUACAGGGGCCUGACCCAGGAACAGAUUCGUAGUGUUCAGGUGUUGCCGGUGGAUUAUGAAAUCGAGUACAUCUGCAGAGGGAGCAGAGUGAUUGUGGGACCAAAGGUUAGGAAGUGUCUCCCUGACGGCACUUGGACUGACCUGAACCAGCGCAGCAAAUGCUUGCUGCCGUGUCCGCGGGUGUGGACGUCUCUGGAGAACGGCCGUGUGACGGUGCACCCUCCAGGCCCAGCUGUGGAGGACACAAUACUUCACUACAGCUGUCUGGAGGGUUUCAUCCUGGUGGGCAGAAACAGCACACAUUGCACUAAGCUGGGCAAGUGGGACUCACCCAAACCCGUCUGCCACUAUGACAGACAUUAUACAGGCAAGAAGAAACUCUACAUCGGAGCCCUGUUCCCUAUGAGCGGCGGAUGGCCAGGUGGCCAAGCAUGUCUCCCUGCUGCCCAAAUGGCCCUGGAUUUGGUGAACAAGAGAACGGAUAUUCUUCCGGAUUAUGAGCUUGAAUUAAUCCACUAUGACAGUAUGUGUGAUCCUGGAGAGGCCACAAAGCUGCUGUAUGACCUGCUGUACACGGAGCCCAUAAAAAUCGUUUUGAUGCCUGGCUGCAGCUCUGUGUCCACACUGGUGGCCGAGGCUGCUCGUAUGUGGAACCUUAUAGUGUUGUCCUAUGGAUCCAGUUCACCAGCUCUCUCCAACCGCCAGCGUUUCCCCACCUUCUUCCGCACGCACCCCUCAGCCACAUUGCACAACCCCACCCGCGUGCAGCUCUUCCAGAAGUGGAAGUGGACCAAGAUCGCCACCAUCCAGCAGACCACUGAGGUCUUCACCUCUACUCUGGAUGAUCUAGAGCAGAGGGUGAAGGAGGCAGGCAUUGAGAUCAGUGUGAGGCAAAGUUUCCUCACGGAUCCUGCUGUGGCCGUCAAGAACCUCAAGCGGCAAGAUGCGCGCAUCAUUGUGGGACUGUUUUACGAAACGGAAGCCAGGAAAGUUUUUUGUGAGGUCUAUAAGGAGAAACUGUAUGGGAAAAAAUAUGUGUGGUUUCUGAUUGGCUGGUAUGCUGACAACUGGUUCAAGAUCAAAGACCCAUCCAUCAACUGCACAGUGGAACAGAUGACAGAAGCUGUGGAGGGCCAUGUGACCACUGAGAUAGUCAUGCUCAAUCCAGAGACGGUGCGAGGGGCCUCUAACCUGACCUCACAGGAGUUCCUAGCGCAGCUGAUGUCCAAGCUGGGUGGGAAAAAUCCAGAGGAAACUGGAGGGUUUCAGGAAGCUCCUCUGGCGUAUGAUGCAGUAUGGGCCCUGGCUCUGGCGCUCAAUAAGACAGUGGGUCCCUUGAAGGCAAAAGGCCGCAGAUUGGAAGACUUUAAUUACAAUAACAAGGACAUCACGGCAGAGAUCUACAGAGCCCUCAACACUAGCUCCUUCGAGGGGGUUUCGGGUCAUGUGGUGUUUGACGCCCAGGGCUCCAGAAUGGCAUGGACCCUCAUUGAGCAACUGCAAGGAGGAAGCUACAAAAAGAUUGGAUACUAUGAUAUGACCAAAGGCAAUCUCUCUUGGUAUGGGAAUGACAGGUGGAUAGGUUCUGGCCCACCUGCUGAUCAGACUGUGGUGAUUCAGAAGUUCAGAUAUUUGUCACAAAAACUCUUCGUCUCAGUUUCUGUUUUCGCUGGCUUGGGCAUUUUAAUGGGGAUCGUUUGUCUCACCUUUAACAUUUACAACAGCAAUGUCAGGUACAUUCAAAACUCCCAGCCUUACCUGAAUAACAUGACGGCAGUCGGCUGUAUGAUGGCUCUGGCUGCUGUUUUUCCUCUGGGAAUUGAUGGACUGCAUGUACGGAACUCCCAGUUUCCCGUGGUCUGUCAGUUCCGUUUGUGGCUGCUUGGACUUGGCUUCAGUUUGGCCUAUGGAAGUAUGUUCACGAAGAUCUGGUGGGUUCACACUGUGUUCACAAAGAAGGAUGAGAAGAAAGACAAGAGAAAGCAGCACCUGGAGCCCUGGAAGCUCUAUGCCACCGUGGGGGUCCUGCUGGUUAUCGACAUCCUGUCCCUUAUGAUUUGGCAGAUUGUGGACCCCUUGCACAUCACAGUGGAGAAGUUCACUAAAGAAGCACCUAAAGGAGACGUGGAUCAGUUGAUUGAGCCUCUUCUGCAGCACUGCAGUUCAGAGAAGAUGAAUACAUGGCUUGGUGUCGUAUAUGGCUAUAAGGGUUUGCUGCUGCUUCUGGGUAUUUUUCUGGCUUAUGAAACCAAAUCUGUGUCCACUGAAAAAAUAAACGAUCAUCGGGCUGUUGGGAUGGCCAUCUACAAUGUCUCGGUGUUGUGUAUGAUUACCGCUCCUGUCACCAUGAUUCUAUCGUCUAAGCAGGACGCCUCAUUCGCCUUCGCCUCGCUGGCCAUCAUCUUCUCCGUCUACAUAACUCUAGUUGUCCUCUUCGUCCCCAAGAUGCGGAGGCUUAUCACUCGUGGUGAGUGGCAGUCGGACCAGCAGGAGACCAUGAAGACCGGCUCAUCCACAAACAACAACGAUGAGGAGAAAUCCCGCCAGCUGGAGAGAGAGAACAAAGAGCUGCAGAAGAUCAUCCAGGAGAAAGAGGAACGUGUAUCAGAGCUGAGAAAUCAGCUGUCAGAGCGACAGGCCCUGCGCUCCAGAAAACGCCCCACCUCCUCCAAUCAGAACCACAGCUCACCUUCCAUUCCCACUCCUCUGAAUGAUCCCAAAUCUCUCCGCCCGCCACCAGGAUACCCCCUUCCUGCUUCUGACAACCACUCCCUCCCUCCCACCUUUUCCAACUCCUCCACCCUGUACCAGCCCGACGGCAAGAUCAACCGCAACAACUGUCACCCUGGACGACUGCAGCUCCUCUACAAGUGAGUCCCGGGACGCUGGAGGAACUGGUACGAAAUGCAAGCGGGGACACAGUGAAGUGGAAAGCAGGAAGAAAAAUAAGCUACCUUGAUUCGCGGGCCACAGUUUUCUCCAUCUCGCCCAGCAGGCAGCCUUUGUUUUUCUUUGUUUGUUUCCUUUGU